GCCUCUGACUCAGUCCUCAUGUCAGAACCAAUCAAUGUUGAGUUCCUGUAGAGUCUUUGCCAAGUAAAAGCGCCCAAGAAUGUCACCAUUGAUUUGUGACAAUUUUUCUGGUCUUGUUUUCAAGGGAAAAAAAUGAUAAUAAUGAGGCCCAGACACAGAGCGUAUGAAACAUGGAAACAAAUUAAACCUAUUUUGUAACCCUUAAUAUAGACAAUUGUGUAUGGUAUGCUCAUUGUGAUUUGUGGUUGAUAGGUUGUUAGCCAGUGAGUGCGCAGUUUCGCAGUUGUUUGUUGUCACAUCUUUUUUUAUUUAAACCAACAUGGUAAUUGUGGAAAUAUGGGGCUAAAUUUGGGGCUUGAGAACGGGACAUCAAAAACCUGUGGGUGAUAGAUGUAGCUACGCCAGUCUUUUACAUCAUAUAUGGGACUGGGCCUUGGUGACCUCAUAGCUGGUUAUGGCCAUAGAUGGAGGAAAUACAUCUUUAGAACAUCAGAAAUCAAUAAUUUGCAAUUCAGGUAAUGGGAAAUUUUUAUAUUAUUUUUCUUUUUCAAAACUUUGGGCUAAUCAUGAAAUGAUUUAAAGUUAGCCAACAUCUAAAGUGUGAAUAACUGUAUAAAAAAUAAUAGGUAUAACUUUUAUGUUAGUCGGUGGUCAUUUUGUCAGCGUCACUGUCAAUGAAUAUCACCCUCCCAACAUCCACCCAAUCAAAAAAAGCAGAUCACUCACAUGGGGGGAGACCAAAGUCAUUCACUUCCUGUGUGGAAACCAUUCUACUACAAGUACUUGGGCAAGGCUGAAUGUUUUGUAUAUACACUAUAGCUGGUCUACAGCAUAAUUACAAUGAUUAUUAUAUAUAUAGUUUAGUUGUUUUUGUGGCCUUAAAGGUGUUAAAGGUCUGAUUUAGAGAUAAGGACCAAACAGCAGAUGACUUUCAAUACUGUCGGGAUGGAAACGGUUUCAAGAUAUUUGGACAUCAACCGGACCUUCACCCUAAUAUGCUGCUUCUCCUCCAUUUUCUUGCAAGCAGAAGGGAGCACCACUUCCUGGAUGGUCGGGAGCACAGUGACCCUGCACUGUAGCAAUAACUCAAUCAGCGACCUCCUUCAACUGACAUGGAGAAGGAAUGGGACUCUUCUGUUUAGUUUCAGGCCACAGAAAACCUCAAACAACAGCUCUGUCACCUUAAGCAGUAAUCAGAAAACAUCAGACAGCAGAAUAAUAGGGUCUCAUGCAGCUGCCAUCCUGAAUCUAAGCAUAUCCACCUUAAAAAGCCAACUGUAUGCACUAAUCAUAGAGGGAGCCCAGAAAUAUCACGAAGGAAACUACAUUUGUGAAAUGACCACAGACUCAGGAGUCUUUGAACAGAAAUGGGAGCUCAUGAUUACAGAAGAAGCUGAAGCUGGAAAUAAAUUGAAAAUCCAUAUUGCUGCAAUCAUGGUACCUUGUGUGUGUUUCCUGAUCUUUAUCAUUUGUGCUUUGACCUUUCUGAGACAAAUCUGCAAAAGACAGUCAGAAAAUAUCACCCAACUGACUGUGACAUUGCCAGAACAUCUUUAUGAAAAUCCCCUUGAACUUGAAGCUCGCCAACGACGUUUCCAAAACCAGGUUCUCUCUUACACAAAGAGGACUGAGCAAUAAGAAUCACACAUAGUACAAAAGAAUAGAAAUGCACUGCAAUGAAGAGCACAUUAUGUACUGAAAUCCAUUAAAUUUGUUUUUCUUGCUAACUGGACACUUGCCAUAAUGUGACCUCAUCGGUUUGUAAUCAUAAAUAAGUUUCGUCUGUUUACAAAUCUCUGUAAGUAAACUGGAGCAGGAACCUGAAUUUUCUCUACUAAAUGCACAGUUAUUUACUCACUGG